AUAAGCCCAGCUGAAAAACCUAAUUGGGCUAUAGUGAACACUUAUCAGGAUUUUGAUCCAACUGUUAGAAAUACAUCCUUCCCGGAGACUACCCACCUUCUUCCACAUCCGCUUCGCCGCCGCCGAGCCCCUGAUGAUAAGCAAAGCACCAACUCAUUUGAGUCUACUGAAGACUUUGAAAGACUGCUCUUUGGUGAUAGUAUGGGGAACCGUCCAAGUUCAAACUCCUUUUUCAGAAAGCUUGAUAGGGUAGAAAAGGCUUAUGAUACAUCUGGGUUGGGCUCCACGUUCAGUUCUGGGAAAGAUCUAGUUUACUGAAUGGUCUGGAUGAGAGUUUUGAUACGUUAUCAGAUGGGAUGGAUGGUAAGUUGAAGGAAGAAGCCAGAUAUUUUGAGUUUGAUCCUGAUGAAGUAGAGAAAGAUGAUUAUGCUUACAGAGCAGAUAUGACCUUUUGGCCAGGGAACACUUGUAAAUUCAUGGAUCUUGAUCUUAGAAAACCAGGAGUUUGCAAGCCCUUUAAAAGGGAUGAUUGAAACUACAACAGAGGAAGUUUUGCGCAAAGCUGGUUUCAGGGUUGGUAUUCUUGGUUCUGCAUCACUUUGACCAUGUAUGUCUUCAAAAGUUAUCUGUAUAUGCACCCAAAUAUCUGCAUGUGGAGACACCCUCCAGCACGUAUAUUGCUUAUUUAAUAUACUAGCAUCAAGUUUCUCUGCUGGUCAAAUUUUCAAAAAGGUUACUCUUGCUGGUCAGUUUAUUGAACGUGAGGUUCCUAGCUAGCUUCAUCACGGAGGCUGGAAUUCUCCUCAAGAGGAGCAAGACUGGAAUUAGUGUCAAGGCUCACAGAAAGAUUGCCAUGGGGAUCAAAACUGCUAGAGCUUUUGGUGGUCUGAUGCCGUUCACCACUAUGGGAACAAAACAUUUUGUGUUUGGCAGAAUAAUGGAGGACCUUGAUGCAGAUUAUGAAUAUGCGAUGUACGAUCCCAAUUUUGUCAAUUGGGAACCUCUUUAAGCCUGAAAAGAUACUAUAGUUUUAAUUGACCAUGUGGUUUGUCCUUGAGAAUGUGUAUGUAUUAUCAGCUAGUUAUGGUUAUGAAAAGAUGCUUUUUUAGCUGAGAUUUUGUUUCAAAUUACAUACUGCUUCAAAGGACUUCUCUACAUAACACAUAGGUUUCAUUUCAUUGUACAUCAAUGAUUUAGCUGUUGGAGCUCUCCUUCGUUGGUGUUAAUUUUUGUAAUAUUAGCUCCAAAGUGUAAUUCCGAUAAGUUACAUAAACAAGAAGUAAUGAAUAGCAAAUCAUUUUGUUCAGUAAUCACAUGUUGCAAGAUCUGAGAGCAGUUGGUAUUAGGUGGAUUGUUAUACACCAUGGGACCUCUCAUGUAAUGUUCAUUUCCAAUUUGACUCAUUAGCCUUGGACUGUGUCUUCUUCUCAACUGCUCUUCCCUUUUUCUGUUUGCAGUUAACAAUUCCUCUAUUUAAGGCCUCAACUUUCAGUGUUAACUUAAAAAAAAACAACUUUCUCAUUAAGUUACUGUUGAAAUUUAAUGGCUUCCUUCUACUUAGCUUCUUUCUGCAUGAUGCUACUGAUCAAGUUUUCAGUAACAUUUGCUAGCGGAAAUGUUGUUUCAAACAAGUUGGAGAAAACAUGCAUUGAUGGUGUCACCAUCACGUUAAGUUUUGGUUUGUACCUAAACAGCUGCCCAGAAGCUGAAGCUAUUAUCUUUUCAUGGGUGGAAAGUGCAGUGUCCCAAGACCCCAGAAUGGCUGCGUCUUUGCUUCGUCUUCAUUUCCAUGACUGUUUCGUUAAUGGAUGUGACGCAUCAGUACUCCUGGACGAUACCCCUAAUUUUAGCGGAGAGAAAACAGCUGGACCAAACUUGAACUCAUUAAGGGGUUUUGAAGUGAUUGAUAACAUCAAAGCUGAUCUAGAAUAUGCUUGUCCCCAAACUGUAUCUUGUGCUGAUAUUCUUUCUAUUGCUGCUAGAGAUUCUGUUGUCCUGUCAGGAGGCUUGGGAUGGCAAGUGCAAAUGGGGAGAAAGGAUAGCUUAACAGCAAGCAAAACAGCAGCAAAUAACAACAUCCCAGGACCAAACUCAAAUAUAGCCACCCUUGUUACCAACUUUCAAAAUCUUGGUCUUUCUCUUCAAGAUAUGGUCACUCUGUCAGGUGCACAUACAAUUGGGAAGGCUAGAUGUGCUACAUUUAGCUCCAGGCUAAACAACAAUAACGCGGGCGUUAGCAAUUCAGAGAUGAACUUGGAUUUCUUGCAGUCACUGCAACAACUGUGCUCAGCUAACAAUAACACUACACUAGCAAAUCUUGAUGACAUGACUCCAUCAACGUUCGAUAAUCACUACUACGUUAAUCUUCUAUCAGGAAAAGGUUUGCUUGUUUCUGAUCAAGUCCUAGCAACUGGAGAUGAUGAUAACACUAGAGAAAUUGUGCAGAAUUAUGUAGACGAUCCAUCUGUGUUUCUUGAGGAUUUCAAAAACUCCAUGCUCAAAAUGGGAAGCUUACCACCACCAACAGGAACAAAUGGCGAAAUUCGCGUUAACUGUAGGGUUAUUAAUUAAAGUUGGAUAGCCCAAUUUGUAACGUUGCUAUUACUAUUGAUAUCAUUCUAUAUAUGCUAUGCGUGUUAAUUUCUUCUCUUUAAACACUAGAUUUUGA